AUGUCAGAGACUGUCUACAGCCACGACCAGCUCUCACAGUUGGUCGACUUCAGGACGAACAUUGCGCAUCAAGUGAAGUAUGCCGACAUGGUCACAGGCCGCUCCUUGGCGAGGCAGGUUUGCGACAUGGACGAACAGUUGCCGUGGGCCAGUACUCAGUAUUCGGCCGUGGAAGAUCUCCAGAACUAUGCGCAGACGGGGCUCUGGCUGGCCCUCGUGGCGAUCGGCUGUUGGUUGGCGACCACCUUGCGGGAGAUCUUCAACAUCGUUGCGCAUGCUGCUGCUCUAAAUGGCAUUGACGUAGGUGAUGAAACGGUCUUGGAGGAGAACGAGCGAGAGGAGGACGAGCGGCAGACAGACCAGAACGUGAAGUUCACCCGGAUCUCUCGGCUGCGACGCAACUUGCUCUUCCUCUUCGUGAUUUUGCCCAGGGGCUUAGUGGCUGUGGUGCUGGCAGACACUGGCACUCGCUACCUGGCAAAUACCAUUGGACUGGAAGAUUUGAUUUUGAAUGCCGUGGCGCUCGCCUUCAUUCUGGACCUGGACGAGCUCAUUGAGAGCGCGUUUGCUCCAAGGAGGGCACGCUUCUUGCUUGAUGAGAUCCAUGCCUUGCCAAUUCCCAGGCUUUACAUCCCAGGGUAUGGCCGCAUGAAUGCUGGCGUCCAAGAACGACUCAAGAGCACCAUAAAGCUUCUCCUGCUGGUCGGUGGAUUGAUUGCAGCAUACACUCUGCUUCUCUGGCCUUUGCAUCACAGGAUUCAAUUAGCAAUCAACAUCCUUUGCGGGGGCGAGAAGGAUUUCAUCUUCGCGGUGAAUCCUGCCACUGGCAUCAUCGAAACGACCAAGAGUUUCGAGGAGGCGCCGGAGCAUCUGACGCGCGAGCAGCGCACGGUCUUGCGAAUUGCGGACCCUGUCCUCUUCACGGUGCCCGAGUGGGACGUGACGCAGGCACAGUUGGAGGACUUCUGGGAGGAUGCACCCCCUGCCAUGCAUCGAAAGGAUCCUUUGUCCGAUGCUCCCAGCAUGAACAUCAUCAACUUGUUGGAAGCUAUUGAACUGUCUGAUGUCACAGACCAAGCUGGCAAUAUGCCAUGCAUGGAUGAGUCCUAUCCCAGAUCGGUGAUCAGGCCACAGCUCUUGGAGGUCGCGCAGGUGGAGCGAUGUGCUCAGGUGGAUCUGGCGCGAUGUGCCUGGAGGAACAUGACCGCCUUGCGCGCUUUGUGCCCUGAGACCUGCGGUUGUGACAACGCCAUGAACCCCGCCGCCGGCGCCUUUGCCAGCACGGCCUUCGGAUGCCCGAAGCUCUGCGUGUGGAAGAGUUUGAGAUCGCCCGCCUUGCACAAUGCACCCUGUGAAGAUUGGACACCGGAGCACUUCAUCAAUGACCCCUACGUUGAGAACUUCUUGCGCGGCAUGUUCUCCAGCUUCUUGCACAAGCCGGAGAUGAAAGAUGCUCAUAUCAUGCAAUACCGAAAGCAACUAGAGGAGCACUUCUGGGACCUGCUUCCAGGUCCCAACAAGACUUUGAGCUUGGACCUGGCAGUGGAACACUAUGCAUCCCUCGGCUGGGUGCAUGACGUGGUGGAAGGCAAGUGGACCAUAGGUCUUGGAAUUCCUCAUCCACGGGGCUUGACUGGCUGUGCCUUUUUCGGUUCAUCGGAGAUCAAGGAUCUCACAGGUGUCCGCAUCUGCCGUGAUCGGAGUGAAUUUGAUGAUUUCAGAGGGCUACGUGCGCAGUGCGCCCAGACCUGUGAGUGCCGGAAGAGGAUGAUUGGGUGUCCACGCACGUGUCCUUUACCCGUCGAAUGA